AUGUCCUCCUCGCCCCGGCUAACCGGCUACACACUGCGCCCAUCGGAGACGUCGACCACGGUGUCGGUAACGCUCAACAGCUGCGGCACGGGAAUCAAGAAGCUCAGCAUCAACGAGAGCAUCAAAUCGGUCGGAAGCGCCAACUCCGGCGGUGAAUCGACCGAUCCGCUGGAGAGUGACUUUAGCUGCGAGGAAGAGGAGGAGGAAGAGGAGUACGAGCGGGGCCUGGAGGAGGAGGAGGAGGAGGAGGACGACGACGAGGAGGGGGUGGUAGAAGACGACGAGGAGGACGAGGAGGAGGAAGAUCAGGAGGAGGACAGCGUGCGGCAGGAUCGGCGAAGUAAAGGCGAAGGUGUCCGAUUGAGGGUUGCUGCCGGUGAAAAAGGAAAACCACACAGCACCAACGACGACGAGGACGAGGAGGAUUCGGACCAGGAAAAAGUAACCCACCGCAGCCCGGUGAAGAGCAUCAGCAGCAUCAGGAAACAGGCGUCCACGUCUUCCGCGGACGACGACGACGAGCAGCAGGAAAAGCAACAAAGCUCACCAGUUCGCGGGCAACAGCAACAGCAACCGAACCGCAAUGGCGCCGGAAAUCGACAGCAACCACGAGGCCCUGCUGCUGACGCUGACGAUGGUGAUGAUUGUCAGCGCGGCGGCGAUAGCGAUGAUGAUGGUGGCGAUCUAUCUGAUAAGAAUAAUAAUAUCGGCGCAGCUGUUCGCCGCAAACAACCGGAGGACUAUGCUUUGGAUGAUUUUCAAAUACUGAAAACGAUCGGAACGGGCACAUUCGGACGCGUAUGCCUCUGCCGGGACAAGAUCACCAACAAGUACUGGGCGAUGAAGAUCCUCGCCAUGGCCGACGUCAUCCGGUUGAAGCAGAUCGAGCACGUGAAAAACGAGAAAAACAUCCUGCAGGAGAUCGACCACCCGUUCAUCGUCAACAUGCGAUGGAACUCCAAGGACGACUGCUGUCUAUACAUGCUGUUCGAGUUCGUGAGCGGUGGUGAGCUGUUUUCCUACCUUCGGAACGCGGGACGGUUCGAUAGUGGCACCGCAAACUUCUACGCCUGCGAGAUCGUGCUCGCUCUCGAGUACCUGCACUCGCUCUCGAUCGUGUACCGUGAUCUAAAGCCGGAAAAUUUGCUGCUCGAUCGCGAUGGUCACCUGAAGAUCACCGAUUUUGGGUUCGCGAAAAAGCUGAAGGAUCGCACCUGGACGCUGUGUGGCACGCCUGAGUAUCUCGCACCGGAAAUUAUCCAAUCGAAGGGUCACAAUAAAGCGGUCGAUUGGUGGGCUUUAGGUGUCCUGAUUUACGAAAUGAUCGUCGGCUAUCCUCCGUUCUACGAUGACAACCCGUUCGGGAUUUAUGAAAAGAUUCUCAGCGGAAAAAUCGAAUGGUCCCGGCAUGUCGAUCCCAUCGCGAAGGAUCUCGUCAAGAAGCUGCUGGUGCUGGAUCGUACCAAGCGUUUGGGUAACAUGAAGAACGGAGCGGAAGACGUUAAAAGACACCGAUGGUUUAAGCACCUGGACUGGAACGUCGUGGCGCGGAAACAGCUAAAGCCUCCCAUCGUUCCUACGUACGUGUUUAACUCGAAGGAAGACGACACAAGCAACUUCGACGACUAUCCGGAGACGGACUGGAAGUCGGUUCGAUCGUUGGACAAAAUCGAGAUGCAACUGUUUGAGGAUUUUUGAGCGUCUGAAAAAGGAAACAACCCCCAAAGUGCUCCAGAGGAAGAUGCCAGC